AUGGGGCGUCCACCGAAGAUUGUGAGUCAGGAGAAGAUAGAGCAGUUUCAGUUAGAGCUAGAACUUGCAGGCCAGGAUCCAGAGAUACUGCUCAAAGACAAAAAAGGACGGUCGAGGUCAUGCCUGUUAUGCCAGCGACGAAAACGACGGUGUGAUCACAAGGUUCCAAGCUGUACUGCGUGUUUGAAAGCUGGUGUGAAGUGUGUGCAGCCAGUCAAGUACGUGAGCACGCCGUCGGAUUCGCUGCUGCAGGCUUCAGCAGGCAAUCUGUGUGGACAGGGCGCGACAACCUUGGACGGGACAGGUGGGACCGAUGUCAAGGCACCAAGGCCAGACGAGUAUACCAAGUUUCUCGAAAAAAAACUGCGAUAUCUGGAAAAAAUGCUGGACAUGCCUCCUACAGGACAGCCUUUCAAAAGAAAACUUGCCAACUACAAGCGGAUCGCACAUCUUAUGGAGGGCCCAGCACUGGGCGAAACAGAAGAAUCACAAUCCCCGCCACUUUCUGCUGGCGGUGCAGGUGCCCCCACGCCGCAGUUUCCGAUUCGUCCACCAUUGUCGUCGUCCGCGUGCUCGUCGCCUAUUCUGCCCCCACCUCAAACGGUCAAAUUUUUUCCUCUGCAGCCUGAGACUCAUUCUAGUGGUAAAGUGCGCAUUAGCAAUCGUGUGGCAAGCUCGCUUGCUGCGCUGACCUCGGACUCGCUGGAAUCCAUCGAUUUUUCUCAUUGCAUCUUUGCCAAGUAUAAUCUUCGAGACUUUUUGUCGUACGACCCGGCUUUCGAGUUCGAAGAACAGUUGUCCAGGGCCUUUCUUGAUACUUAUUUCACAAGACUUCAGUUCAAGUACCCUUUGCUCGAUAAAAAGGAAAUUUACAGCUUCCACGAUGACUACAUUAGCAACAACGUCCACUCUUACUCGACCAAGGAAUUUCACUUUGCAUGCGGUAGAUUGUGGCUGAUCUUUAGUAUUAGCGCGUGUCUUCAUAUGUCAGCUGGCAAGUACCAGGGACUGCCACCUAACCGUUAUUUCUCGACCGCUAUUCGCCAUAUCACAAAGUGCGGGGAGAACCUGACAUACAUUCAGCAAGUCGAGAUACUUACUUUGCUGGUAUUGUACAUGAUAAGGACCGAUCGUGACUCGAGUGGUCUCUACGAGAUAAUCAAAGACGUGAUGUCAAUUUGCAAAAACAAGCUGUAUCUCAAUAGAUGGAACGCACAGGACCUUUUUGCGAGCAAGAAACUUCGUUUAUUUUGGUGCGUUUACUUAUUGGAAAGAAUGAUCUGCGUGGCGGUUGGGAAACCUUAUACGAUACCGGAGUCUGAAAUUGACUUGCCUCUUUUCGACUUGGCCAGCUUUAAUAGCGGUUUGAUGAACGAUGACAAGAGGCAUGAAAGGGGACUGAAUUUUAUCAAUCAGUCUUUAAAAUUGAGACGGAUAGAGUCUCAGUUUGUGGAACGGCUUCAAAUUAUACCGCAAACCUGCAACACGACACUCGAAAACUACAAAGAAACCAAGGAAUUGGCUAAGCAUUUACAACAAGUGAAGACGUUUUUCCACGACUUGGAAAUAUGGAGGUCAAACUGUUCAACUUCUCACAUCCCUAAUUUUGAAAAUGAAACUUUGAAGUUAUACUAUUUCAGAUCCGUGAGACUAUUGAUUCAGCCUUACCUCGAGCUUCUCGAGCCCGAAAAUCGGCUGUUUCGAGAAUGCCAGGCAGCUGCCGGUCAGAUAUGCCAGCUUUAUAAAAUUUUCCAUCAAAAGACAGUUUAUGGGCAUUCCACGCCCGCUGUACAUACGGUGUUUGUUGCCGGAGUAACCUUGAUAUAUUGUAUGUGGUUGACCAGAAAUUGGGACGAUGAAAGACGGAGAAAACUGGGUGACAUCUCGAAGCACACCAGGCCGUUAGUGAGUGCAAGUCUGUUUUCAACAAUGGACGAUCUAAGGGCAUGUUCUGCCUGUCUGUACGUCAUGGCAGAAAGAUCCAAAUUUGCCAUAACUUUUAGAGAUACUUUUGACCAGCUCAUGAAUGCCACCAUUGGAAAUUUAAUUGAACGUUGUGGACCCGAUUCUUCAGAGCUGAUUUACAUCAAAGAUAAUUUGAGCGAGAGCGAUUAUUCAAUUGACGGCCGCUCUGAAUUUUCGGAUAAAAGCGGACCAGAUGCAGGUUCUCAAUCGUCAGAAGCAGGCAUGCCGCCGGCCAUCAAGCGUACCUUUGGUACCAGUAACGAUGACCAUGUGGGCUUUGUAGAUACACCUCAGGUUGAUCUAGAAGAACGGAUGGUAUUGAAGAAAAAGCAAGGCGAUCUUCGAAAGGCUACCGUGCCGCAGAAGCUGUCUUAUCUUUUGGCACCCGACAUCGAUGAAGGUGAGGUAACAGAAAAGCUCUCGUCUAUUGCCCCGAAGAAUAGGUCCAACGGCAACGCUAGACAUCAAUCUGAAAAGGACAAAUUUUUUGUGAAGAAGCCAGCGCAUAUAACGGAAUCUGAUUGGAAAGCUUUCCAACAAAAGUCCUUUCUACAGCAGCACCACGCGCAGCAGACUUUACAGGCUUAUUUGGCCUCACUCAAUGGUAAAGAUCGUAAUGGUGGGGCCAUUCCCGAAUCGAAGCAAGUACAAGAGCGCCCCGUUGGAGUUGAGCGUCCGAUACAAUCGUCUGACAUCAAUGUAACGAGUUUGAAAGGCGUUAAUGCGCCUGCAGUCAACGAUCCGUCGUGGACCCAGUCAGUGGGAACUGCAUACUUGGGGACUAGCAAGGGCCCUGUGCCAAUUGCGACGUCUCAAGCCAUGCGAACAUCACUUUCGAGCCCCCCGGCUGCAUCUGUUCAGCGUCGAUCUGUCAACGGCUUCACAAGCUCGGACGCGAACUUCAAUGGAGUUUUGUUCAACAAUGGAACGCACAACAUGAUCAAUAACAUAUCAACAUGGACAAAUGACUCUGUGGUGGACUUGAUGAGCAAUUACCAGGCAGACCAGAGUUCAUCUUCGAACUUGAACAUGAAUUCAAACUCUUCCAACCGUUUUGAUGCCACGAGCUCCUACCCUUACUCUGCCAAAUACACCAUGUCGACUUCAACGAUGCCACAAUUGGCAAAGCCUCUAAUACCAGGGCAACAUCAAAUACCACCGGCGCAUAGAGAACAAACACAGCUGCAUUCACAACCCGAUUACCAACAACAGCAGCAGCAAAUCACACACCCUCAGCAACAGCAACAGCAACAACGGUGGCAACCACAAUCUCAUCUCGGAAGGUUCAAUUCUCAGCCCGUGAGAGGACAAUUUCAGUCUGACCUGUUGUUAGGAACACCUGUGGAGGAAUUUUGGACUGUAAACGACGAUUACGGGUUUCUUGCUUAG